CCGGAAGUAGUUGUUUACUGGGGCCCUGGGCAGUCACGGAGAUUGCAGGGCUGCGGUAACCAUGUUCCUUUCCGCUGUCUUCUUUGCCAAGAGCAAGUCAAAAACUCUUCUGGUGAGAAUGGUGAGCCAGGCUGGAACAGGUAUUACCUUCAAUGCCAGGAGAGGCCGACUCCGGGAGAAACUGACCCUUUUGCAUUAUGAUCCAGUUGUGAAAAAAAAAGUCCUCUUUGUGGAACAGAAAAAAGUACGCUCUCUCUAAACAAUGGAUUGAAAUGAAUUUGAUUUAUAAAUGAGAAGACUGAGGGCGGGAUUCUGCUUCAGAAACCCCACAGCCUGUAAUAAAAGAAGAGGAAACGGCAUGGCAUCAACUGCCUCCUGUGAUUUGGAGGCCAUUGUGAAAGGGAACAAUGUGGUGAAAGAAAGUUCUCCAUAUUAGGACAAAUAUCAUUGUAUCACAUUUAUUUGUCUUUCUGGAUAUUUUUAUAGCCCUUAAUAAAAAUAUUAAAAUAGCCUGUGCUAUU